UGCACUAGUUUUUCUGGCAAAAAUUGCAGUUAUAUCACAAAUACCUUGAAAUUAUAUAGAGCUCCCUAUUUCCUUUGGAUUUUCACUCACCACCGCCACUGAAAGGGUGCUUCUACUCCUCAGCAGUGAAAGGAGCCAGCCCGUCUUUCCCCGCUUUCUAUUAAACUACACGGGUUUCAAGUUUCAGCUCCUCCUUGAAUUCCAGCCUGCUGAGACUCCCACUAGAACCGUCCAAAAUGGAGCCUCUCGCUGCUCACCCAUUAAAAUGUUCCGGGCCCAAAGCAAAGGUAUUUGCAGUUUUGCUGUCUAUGGUUCUGUGCACAGUGAUGCUAUUUCUUCUACAACUAAAAUUCCUAAAACCUAAAAUCAACAGCUUUUAUGCCUUUGAAGUGAAGGAUGCCAAAGGAAGAACGGUUUCUCUGGAGAAGUUUAAAGGCAAAGAGGUUACACUAGUUGUAAACGUGGCUAGUGACUGCCAGCUCACAGACAAAAAUUACUUAGCGCUGAAGGAACUGCACAAGGAUUUUGGACCAUUCCAUUUCAGCGUCUUGGCUUUUCCCUGCAAUCAGUUUGGCGAUUCGGAGCCCCGCUCAAGCCAGGAAAUAGAAUCCUUUGCAAGACAAAACUACGGAGUAACAUUCCCUAUCUUCCACAAGAUUAAGAUUCUAGGAUCUGAAGCAGAACCUGCCUUUAAAUUUCUUGUUGAUUCUUCAAAAAGGGAACCGAGGUGGAAUUUUUGGAAGUACCUGGUCAAUCCUGAGGGCCAAGUGGUAAAGUACUGGAGGCCAGAGGAGCCAGUUGAAGCCAUCAAGCCUGACAUCAUAGAACUCAUUAGACAAAUCAUUGUCAAAAAGAAGGAGGAUCUAUGAAUAUGCCACUGACCCACAUUAAUGCAGUAUGACAGAGAAACACUGCCAGAGAAUCUGGUCUCGCUUUAAAUAUUUUGACAAUUAAAUUAGGCACUGAAGAAUUUUUUUUAAUGUUUUCUUGCCAGUAGGUGAUAAUGAAUGUCCCCAGGACAUAUUACGUAAAGCAAAGUAAGAGUAACCAAAAGAUCAAAAUGAAAUAUAUUAAAUACUGCAUCUGACCACAUUGAAAAAUUCAGCAGUUGCCAGUGUGUUUCAAUAUCCUAUUGCUCAACUUGACAUUUUCUAGGGUUGCGUUUUAUGGAAAUGCCACUACAGCAUACCACUGGAUUCAAGAACAGCGUGUGACUAAAAUUACGGAGUAACUACCUGUAAUGGCUAUAUUGAUAUGAAUAAAACACAAAAUAAAUGAUGAAAGGUAUAAAAUAUUCAUAGAGCCAAGUCCUUAUAUGUUUGUUUGUUUCAUGUACAAGAUUUUGUUUAUUUUUUAGAGUACAGCUUUCUAGUGUGUUUAACUAUAUCUGGCCAAAUAGUCAUUUAUAAAUUAUGCUAUCAUAAUAUUUGAAAAAGCCUUCAUACUGAAUACUUUCCUUCUUCUUGUAUUUAGAAGCAAAUCAAAUUCCAUAAAUACAAUGCUAAUAUACUCAGACUGAAUUAGUCAUUUGGAAAGAAUUCAGUGCUGCAUCAUUCCAAUAGCUGAAACAGAAAAAACAACUCCAAACAGUAAAAACUCUAAUGUAAAAAAAGGAGAGGGGGUGACUGCAAUCACAAAAAUGUAGACCUUUUAGUAGACAAACAGUGUACUUUUUCUUUUUCUCCCAAAGUCAUGACUUUUACAUUUAUCUGCUUUGUAAAUAUUGACUAAUAAAACAACCUGCCAACUUGGUGAAGGUUGUUGUCCCAUGAUAUAUAUCUUCAUUGUAUAAAAUAACUAAAUAUGACUGGGGAGUGUGUGUGUGUGUGUGUGUGUGUGUGUGUGUGUGUAGUCAUAAAAUUCGGCUAAGAAGGAAGAAGACCCAACUUAAAUAGCCUAUGACUUGACUCCCUAAUUCUGACCUAAUGGAUAAAAGUGAAAAUAUUUUGGCAUUGAAAUCAGUAAUGGCACCACCAUACAUAUAGUUCAUGCAAAUGUUUGGACUAAUGUUCUUAAAGAAACAAAAAAUAUUUCCCAGAGCGCCUCCUGCUUCAAAGUCUAUAUUCAACCACUGAGCCAUGAAUGUCUUUCGUGGGCUCUUGGUGGGGGCCGAGGCAUCGUAUUCAUUGGCAGUGGUGACUGACAGACAUAGCUGCAAGAAUGUCAGGUUAGUGUGUCAGCAAACCUGCUCCCAUCUCAUCAGCUGCAGGAUUUUGGUGAGUCACUUAACUACUUAACUUUUUUUCCUCACCUGUAAAUUAAGUGGGACUCAAAUGAAACAAAAAGUCCUUCUAACUCUAAAAGUCAGUAAGUAUACUUAACAGGAAAGAGAACAAACCUGUAUUAUCUGUGAAGAAACAGAAGCCACCCUACAAGUCUACCUAUCCCUUGCAAUUUUAUCCUAAAUAACUUACUGGCAAUUUGAGUUCUGAACCUCUAGACAAAAUUUUGAUCAGGGCAACCAUUGUAAGUAUUGUCUCCCCAGUACUCUUGCCAUCUUCCCCUAUGACUUCCUUGAGCCUCUAGCAGUUACGGCACUGGAGGGACGCUUUCCUCUGCUGUUAGAUGCCAGCACCACCCAGGAAACAGGGAUGAUAACAACGCUGCAUGGGGAUGACCUGGACUGUCCCAGUGAAUGUGCUUCUGAUGCCCCUCAUGCCUUCAGUCACCAGUUCUCUCCAAAGCCAGAGAGGAUGGGUCGCUUAUACAAGGUACAAUCAAAAUAUAUAGUGAAUGUUUAAAUUUUUAAAAAGCUAUUAGAGUAAAAGACACAUUAACACUCGUCCGCUGCGAACGACUCCCCAUUUGAACAUACUUAUCCCGUCAUUCUUGCCACUUUCUGAAGCAGUGUUGGAAGUCUUUAAGGGAUGUGAUCGACGUGUUUAAGGGAUGGGAUCAAAAAUACAGAGUGCUGCUGCUGAGUGCCAUCAUGGAAAGGCAGGCUCUUCAAAAGACUGCAGUGUGUCCUCAUCAGAUCUGGGGCUGUGGUUUCUGGCUCUUCUUCAAAAUGACCGUGAAAAGUAAAUGUUUUGAAUUGAUUCAGGACAUUGAGGCAGCCAUAACAGCACAACAAAAGACACACGUGAAAGGAUUUCUAGAACUGCUUCCAGAAGUGGCAAGAAUGAUGGGAUAAGUGUAUUUGAAGCGAUGGGAAGUAUCGCGAGGGGGAUUCAUGGCCAUAGCUUUUACCGUGACAAGUUUUUUAAAAUAUACACAUUCAUUAUAUUUUCUGAUCACAUCGUAUCUCCAAACCUACAGUCCCUACAACAGCCGAGCUCCCCUGGCCUGUGAGUAUACAGAACAGGCAGGUGGAGCUUUGCAGGUGUGUCCUACAUAUUUCCUUGAGGGAAAGGAAACUCAUGGCUCCAUGCAAGGUCUCUAUAACCACUGGGCUGAGCGUUGUAAGAGAUGGCCGCCAUUUGCUGAUGUGCGGCCGCCCAUAACUGAAAGGUCUCGCAUAACCGCGGCUGGACAAAUACACUGAGAAAAACUGCAUCUUCCCUGAACUGGACAGUCUUUCUGCAGCCUUGUCUUGGCAUCGAAAAGUCAAGAAUACAGACUACUACGGGACUCUUAAACUAAGGAGUGUAACAAACAUAUCGGACAUUAUAUAAAAGGGUACUUUGUGUUUAUGACGAAAGGGGCAAAAUAAAAUAUAUGUUAGCUGA